GCUAAACUGCAGUGCCUUGAAAGAAUGGAGUACAGGAGAUUGUCAGUGGCAAAAAUGACAGAUGAUGGAUGGUGCCCUGGUGCAUCCUGCUGAUGGGGCGUAUCGAAGAGGGAUGCUGGAAACAUACCGGCAAACUAUACGUUACGAAGGGGUGUUGGGGCUGUACAAGGGUUUUGGGACUGUAGUUAUGGGUACAAUUCCAGCUAGGGCGGUCUACCUAGGUACUCUGGAGGCGACCAAAAGUGUUGUGCUGAAAGUGACGAUGAAGAUGGGCGUACCGGAGGCAACAUCGGCUGGUUUGUCCAAUGGCAUAGCAGGUCUUGUUGCUUCGAGGCUGACACAAACGGUUAUUGUUCCAGCCGAUGUCGUGAGUCAACGGUUGAUGGUGCAGGAUGGUCGAGGCAUGACCCAUUACCAGAAUGGGAUCCAUGCAGUCCGAGAGAUUUUCCACAAGGAUGGCCUUCGUGGACUUUACAGGGGUUCUGGAAUGUCCAUUCUGACGUAUGGUCCGUCAAGUGGGGUGUGGUGGGGAUCGUACGGAAUGACCCAACGAAAGAUCUGGCGGAUGUUGCAGCGCGAUUGCGGACACCCAUUAUGUAGCGCUGGUGCAGUGGAACACCCGCAUCAGCACCUAGUGGUGACUGUUCAAGCAGCGAGUGGGCUUUGCGCAGGAGCGGUGUCAGCUGUUGUUACUACGCCUUUGGAUGUUGUCAAGACGUGGUUCCAGGUGUUGGAGAAUAAGGAAGGGGGAAAGCCGUCAAUUGCAGCCACUGUAAGGACGUUGAUGAGGGAGGACGGGUGGAGGGGUUUUUACAGGGGAUUAAUUCCCAGGUAGCACAUCGUUAUGGGGCACUGUGAUGAUAACAUCGUAUGAGUUUCUUAAGGCUGUCCAGAAAACC